UUCUCUGUAAUUCACUCGCCGGCAUAAAAGAGGAGGCAAAGAGGACGAAGACACAGCAUCAGGAGUGAAAAAUGAAGGGACGUCAAGGAGAGAGAGUUAGAUUGUAUGUUCCAGGAACAGUCCUUGGUUACAAGAGGUCGAAGUCGAACCAGUACCCCAACACUUCUCUCGUCCAGAUUGAAGGUGUGAACACUACAGAGGAGGUUACAUGGUACAAGGGAAAGCGUAUGGCUUACAUCUACAAGGCGAAGACAAAGAAGAACGGUUCUCAUUACCGUUGCAUCUGGGGAAAAGUCGCUAGGCCUCAUGGUAACAGUGGUAUUGUCCGUGCUAAGUUCACUUCAAACCUGCCACCAAAGUCUAUGGGAGCUAGAGUGAGAGUGUUCAUGUACCCUAGCAACAUAUGAGUUUGAUAUCAUGAUGCAGGAAGGUGUUUGAAGACAUGGGUUUCAUUUCAGAAGUAUCAGAAGAAAGCUCCCCUUGUUAUUUCUCAGAAGCUAUAGUUUAUCUUUUAUUCACUUUUUGUUCUAGACUUAUGUCGGUUUUGUUCACCUCUAGACCAAGUAAAACUUCAUUUUUGAUGAAAUUCGAGCACAAAAAAAAAGAUCUAAGUGAGUACACAAUUUGUCUUCUCUACUAUAAGUUUAAUUAGACUGGUUCUUGAAGUUAUUUUCAACCAUUUUAAGUUUA